GACCUUUUCCAUAGCUGUCUGCCAGAGGCGGCUGUUGGUAUCCCUGACCACCCGCAAACAAAGAUCCUACUCUCUCUCCUCUUCCAUUCUGAAAUACACACCCACCUCUUAGAGACCUUUCAAAGUGGUAGGGUUCGACAGCAGGCGAUUCGUAUUGUAAAGACUAGAGCCUGGAACUUUGAGGCUCGGCUGCCUCCUGAGAGCAUCCCUUAAGGAAGACAAGGAAACCAGGCAUAGAGGUUAAAGGAGAAGAGGCAAUAAGGGCGUGUCUUCAUUUAACACCAUAGGAUGGCCGCAAGAAAGCAGCCAACUUCCCCAUUUUUCUGUCUCCGUCUUCUGGUCCGUUUUCGUCUUCUGGUUUACCUCCCUCCCUUCCCCCGCCCCUUCUCCCCACGUCCCACUAACACUACUUAGUAAAGACGUUGGGGGGGGGGGGGAGGCGGGGGCAGGGAGGUACGGAAAGAUUACUAUACUCGUUAUUCCCUAACUGAGAAACAUUCCCAUUUGGGAGAAGGUUUGAAAACCCGUUCCCUGCCUCCUACACCCCCACUCCCCCUCCAAUAGCCCUCCUAGCUCUCCAGGAAUGUCCUCAUCCGCCCGCCUCAGUUCGCGCUCUGUCUGCGGCGGGGUCCCACCGGGUGCAAGGGGGAGGGGAGAAGAGCGAGGGGAGGGCUGGGGAGGAGAGGGGAGGAGGCUGGCUGUGCGUGCCUUGCCUGCCAAAGGGAGAUCUGUUCAUCUGCGUGUGAUCCUGGCCGCCCCGGCGCGUCCACAUCCCUCCUUCUCUGGAGCACAGCGUAGCAGCAGCGGCGGCGGCGGCGGCGGCAGCGGCAGCACCAGCAGCAGGAGUUUGAAAUAUCUCUGCUCCUUCCUCCUGGAAAACCUGUCCACCCGGCGCGCCCUUGCCUCCCACAGGAUUAUAGCUUUCUAAAGUCAGCUUUCCAGUCUUUGGCCGGGAGGCAGAAGACAAGGCUGGGGCGUCUUUUUCGUGGAUGUUACUGCUCGGGAAAGGCAGCAAGUUGCAUGUGCGUCCGGGACCGGGAAGGAAAGGAGCCAGCCGCCUUGCGAACCAUGGACUAUUCUCCUUACUACAGAAGAAAAGAAGUUGAUGGCCAGUAAAAUUUAAGAUUGCCUCAAUCAGAAGAUUUUCCAAAGCUAAAGGAUUAAGACUUCCUGUGAGUCUUCCUUUGACAUAUCAAUACUCUUUAUUCUCAGGAACAACUUAGUUCUGGUCCUUUGUGGGUCCUCAUUGCAGCUUCUAGUGUUUUUGGAUGAAAUCAUGGCAUCUAGCCUAACCUGCACAGGUGUGAUAUGGGCGCUGCUCUCCUUUCUCUGUGCUGCAGCCUCCUGUGUAGGCUUCUUCAUGCCUUACUGGCUUUUGGGAUCCCAAAUGGGAAAACCAGUGUCCUUUGGCACUUUUCGGAGGUGCUCAUAUCCAGUGCAUGAUGAGAAUCGCCAGACGAUGGUGAUGGUGGAGGAAUGUGGGCGCUAUGCCUCCUUUCAAGGUAUCCCCAGUGCAGAAUGGAGGAUCUGUACUGUAGUGACUGGGCUGGGUUGUGGCCUUCUUCUCCUGGUGGCACUGACUGCCCUCAUGGGUUGCUGUGUGUCUGAGCUCAUCUCAAGAACAGUCGGCAGGGUGGCAGGAGGAAUUCAGUUCCUAGGGGGCUUGUUGAUUGGGUCUGGCUGUGCUCUUUAUCCUCUGGGCUGGGACAGUGAAGAAGUCCGGCAGACCUGUGGUUACAUUUCUGACCAGUUUGACCUAGGUAAGUGUGAAAUUGGCUGGGCUUACUACUGCACUGGUGGGGGAGCAGCCACAGCCAUGCUGCUCUGUACUUGGCUCGCCUGCUUUUCUGGAAAAAAACAAAAACAGUACCCAUACUGAUGGUUCCAAGGAUGGUACAAGGAGAUACAGGUGAAAAGGAAUGAGGGCCGAGAGACUGAAGAAUUAAGCACCAUGCAAGCUUGGAAAGAGGGAUCUGUACUCUUAUCUAACACAAUGCUUAUAACUUGAGAUUGAAUGUUCUUGAGGCCAUAAUCUAACACAGGGUGGGAUGGAAGAUAGGAGGGAGGAGGGAGAUUUUAAAAAGCAAUGGGUAUAUAAAGAAGGGGAACACAAAUGGACCAAAGUCUAAAGACAUUGUAGAAAAUAAGAUGCUUCCCCCACCCCUAAGUAUUACUGGCCUGCUCUAUAAGGAUGCAGGAAGUUGUCUUUGGUUGUAAUGUUUAAACUAAGCAAGACUGUAUAGUAAAUGACCAGGGGAAACAGUAUUGUGUUGGAAGACAGGGUAAUCUCCCAAAAUUUCCUUUAGGCUUGGUACUCCUGAAAGCACACAUACACACAUUCACUCUCACAUACAUGCACACAGAGAUAAACAUAUAUGCAUACACACACACACAUGCACACACAUGGAAAACAUGGCACAGAUUAAAAUAGAAAUUUAGACAGUACAUUACUUUUUGUCUUUCUUUUUUAUCAUUUAAAGUUGAGUCUUAUCCCAUUAUAAAUCAUACAUUAAUCCUAAUAAAUGGACCAAUAAGCCACUUUAUCAGUAUUUUGUAUAUCCUGCAUAAACUCCCUCAACAUAUAAUCACUGUUUAUUCAGACUUUUAAAAUUAAGCUUCUGUAAUUUCAGCAUUCUACUAAGAAUGCCUUAUUUUACACUAUAUGCAGCUCCUGCUGCUGAAGCUAUUGACUUAAAGGGACAGCUUUUUGUCCAAGGGAAGGAUGAAUUUACUUUGUGAUAGAUGAUAAGUAUAAGGAGAAAACAUUUGCUUUUGUUUCAUGAUUGUCAUACUGUGUUGUAUCCUCAUUUGUUUCAAUAUUCAUUUUUGUAAAAAAAAAAAAAGUGCUAUUUUAUGUUUGUAUUUUAAAAGCUCUGUGAAUA